GCACGGUUGGCUGCUGGUUUUCCCACUGGUGCACCGUGGAUGAGAUCCUUCAGGGUUUUAACACGCAGGUUACUGGUCUUCUCCGCUAAUACAAAACUGAUGGCAUCCAUCAGGUUCGACUUACCUAGAAAGCAGUGAGUUAUUGUUAAUAAAGCAGCGCCACAGACCGUGAACCGGUUACCAUGGCAACGCCAAACAGCGCUUCAAACAUAACAGGAGAGCUGACACAUUGCCGUUCGUCGAAACCGAACUCAUAUUAACCAAACAUGUACAAGGUUGAUUUACCCGUGGAUGAGUCUGCGCUGCGGGCGGUGGAGCGGCGUCGGGCCGCUGAGGCUGAGCGCAAGAGCCGAAUCUUCAACACCAGAACCCGGGUGAUCGGCGUUGACCUGCGCGCCCUCGAAAAACAACAGGAGGACAAACGAGAACGACUGGAGAUGGAGAAGCAGCGAGACAUGGCUCAUGAUCUGUUGCGCUUAUCCCUGGAUGAAAUGGCAAUGCAACAGAACAAAGACGAAGAGGAGUUGAGAAGAGAGUUGGCUCAGGACAUGGUACAAUUUAGAGCGAUACAUCAACGCGCCGAGGACAGUCGUGAUGCAGAUAUCAAUUAUGACCGACAGAGUGCGCCAAAUGCUAGUAUUUCUGUCUCAGACUCUGCAUUGGGACCAGCCAGUAUGCAAGUGUUUUUGGGAGAAGGAAUUAAUGAAAAUGAAAAGAAGAGAGCUCAGAUGGAAAUGAACGAGAGAAACCUGAGAGCUCAAAAGGAGGAGAGGGAGAAACAAGAAAGGGAACAGAAAAACAGAGAGCUGCUAACCGGCAGGGAGUUGGUGGAAAAAGACCUAAGGGCAGUGCAACUGAACGCCCUGGAGGAGGAGUGCAAAAGAUCAGCCCGCAUUGCACUCAGUCAUUACAAUCAAACUCAGGCAGAGAAGAGGAUGGAGAGGGAGCAACAAGAGAGACUGAGAAGAGAGGGAGAGGAGCUGGCAGAAUUGCGGUACAUGGUGACCUCUGACCUUCUGACAGAGCGACCAGAGGCUGCAAAGAGAAAAACCGAAUCCUCCGUGGAAGGUCCACGAGUGCUGACUGACCGCUGGAAGGGCAUGACCCCACAGCAGAUCGGUGAUAUCCACAGAACGAGAGAGGAACAGUGUUUGGAGAAAGAGAGACUGAAAGAGAUGGAGAGGCAGAGAGAUGUGGCCUGGGAUUACCAUCUGACAGAGCAGGCCAGACAGCAGGAGAGAGAGGAGAAGAGAGACAAGGAGCUGCAGAGAGAGAGGAGAACUCAGCUCGAUAAAUACAAUCAACAGCUGGCACGAGAGCAGCAAGCGCACCAACACUACCUGGACAAGCAGCUGUAUACAAAUCGUCCCACAGUUCGGUACUUCACCCAGUUCAGCACAAGCUCUCGAUAAAGCACCAUCCCAUUCCAUCCUCUCAUCUGAACAUUUUCCUGCAUGAAAUAAAGUGGUACUGGAUUUCAAAGCACUGUGUAUGUUUGACAUUCAUAAAUUGGACUUUUAUAAGUAUCGUGGCUAUCAGUUGCCUUUAUAAAAUUGCAUAUAGUGAUGAAUUUUUUACAUAAAUGUUUGUUGCAGAUGUAUUUACUGGCUGAUCUGUGAUGCAGAUACAAUAGCAAAAGUCCAGUUUGUAUUUAGUUAACAUAGCCCUGUCACCAAUACAAUACCAAUACAGUCCCACAACCUCA